AUGCAUCAGCUAGAAGUGCAGAGAAGAAGAACAUUACACUUGUCGAAUUUGUCCUAUGAUGUGACCGAAGAUGACAUAAUGAACUUUUUCAGUGGAAUUGGUGGGUCCAUGGACGUUAGGAUUCCUUUGGGCCAAGACGGGAAAUGUCGAGGCUUUGCGUUUGUCGAGUUUGAUUAUCCAAGAUCAUCUGAAGAGGGAUUGAAACUGCACCUUAAGCCAAUGCUAAAGCGUUCUGUUCGUAUUAGCAUUGCACAUCCUCGGGCUGCUGGUGUUGGUCGUGGUCGUGGUGCUCCUGGUGUUGGUCGUGGUCAUGGUGUUCCUGGUGUUGGUCAUGGUCGUGGUGCUCCUGGUGUUGGUCGUGGUCGUGGUGGUCGUUAG